AAAUUCAACAUCUCUUCCUCUUUCUUCCUUCUCCAUUUCAUCCCUCUAUCUCCCUUGCAAAAAACCAUUAGCUAUCAUCAAAAAAUUUCUAAGCAAAGGGGAAAUUGUAAUUGCCCUAUUUUUUCUUAUAAUCCAAUUUCCUGUUUGGUUGAUGAGGAAAUAAAUUGAUGCACAUGAAUCCAGUUUCAUUAGAAUGGCAUAUCAUCAUUCCUUAAGAUCUCAAUCCAGUUUCCUUUCUUCCAAUUCAGAAGUUUUUAUAGAGCGAGUAAUAGAGGAGCCCCUUCCUGUCACAACCAAAACAGCCCAAAGCACUGUCCAAUUAGUCUAUCGUGCCAACAUUGCCAGCAUCUAUCGAAACGUCACCAUUCUAUGGUGUAAAAAUCUCAUGAACUAUUCUCUUAGUGUUUUGGUGAAUAGCAUCGAUGGAGAUCACCAAUACACUUGUAAGAUCGAUCUCAAGCCCUGGCAUUUUUGGAGCAAAAAAGGGUACAAGUCUUUUGAUGUGGAGGGAACACAAGUUGAUGUGUAUUGGGAUCUUCGAUCGGCGAAGUUUAAAAAUGGUACUGAGCCGACAACAGAUUACUAUGUUGCUGUAGUUGCCGAUGAUGAGGUGGUGUUAUUGUUGGGAGAUUACAAGAAAAAAGCAUACAAAAGAACAAAAUGUAGACCAACAUUGGUUGACCCUGUCUUGUUUUACAAGAAAGAAAAUGUAUAUGCCAAGAAAAGUUUCAGCACUAGAGCCAGAUUCGACCAAAGAAGGAAAGAGCAUGAAAUCAUUGUUGAGAGCUCAACAAUAGGUCCAAAAGACCCUGAAAUGUGGAUAAGCAUUGACGGAAUAGUGUUGGUUCACAUUAGGAAUUUACAAUGGAAGUUUAGGGGAAACCAAACCGUGAUGGUUGAUAAGCAGCCAGUGCAGGUUCUAUGGGAUGUGCAUGAUUGGCUAUUUGGUAGCCUUGGGGUUGGCAACGGAUUGUUCAUCUUCAAACCAAUGGCAACUGAAUCUGAAAGUGAUGUAGAAGGCAGUGGCCAUGGAGGUGAUAGUGACACCAGCACUGGUAGUAGAUAUUAUUCUACAAAAAGCACCACCUCUAUAGCAGCAGCUGAUUUUUGCCUAUUCCUCUAUGCAUGGAAAAUUGAAUAAUUCUUGCAUAAAAUACCAUACAUGUAAAUUACAUUCAUUAUCUUUCAAAUUAUUUUAUUAGUAUAGCCUUAUUUUUACUGGUUUAAUAUAUAUUAUUUGUGAUGAUUAUUCAAAAAUAUUAAUGCCACAUACUUUGAUUAGAUCAAUGUUCAAAUUCAACUUUGUGAAUACAAAUUUUGUGCAUUA